AUGUCUGUAUCAAAGAUUGCUGGUCUCCUGCUUAGCUCGGCCGCCAUGGUCGCUGGUCACGGUUACGUGACGGGUGCUGUUGUUGAUGGUACCUACCACGGUGGCUUCCUCGUCGAUAGCUACAACUAUCAGGCCGAGGUUCCCGAGAACUUCGGAUGGUCUGAGACUGCCACCGACAACGGCUUCAUCGACGCCACUGGCUACUCUGGCCCUGACAUUAUUUGCCACAAGGAGGCCACCCCUGGUGCUCUCUCCGCAGAGGUCAAGGCUGGUGGCUCUGUCGAGCUGCAGUGGACCGAGUGGCCCGAGAGCCACCACGGCCCGGUCAUCACCUACAUGGCUAACUGCAAUGGCGACUGCUCCAAGGUCGACAAGACCACUCUCGAGUUCUUCAAGAUUGAUGAGGCCGGUUUGAUCGACGGCAGCAACGUCCCCGGUAAAUGGGCAUCUGACGAUCUCAUUGCCGCCAACAACAGCCGCACUGUGACUAUCCCCAGUGCCAUUGCCGCUGGCAACUACGUUCUCCGUCACGAAAUCAUUGGCCUGCACUCUGCAGGUGAGACCAACGGUGCCCAGAACUACCCCCAGUGUCUCAACCUGAAGGUCACCGGCGGUGGUAGCGACACUCCUAAGGGCGUCCUCGGCACAAAGCUCUACAAGGCUGCCGACCCCGGCAUUCUGGUCAACAUCUACACUGCCAUGGACUCUUACAAGAUCCCCGGUCCCGCUCUGUACACCGGUGCCGCCUCCGGCUCCUCGACCACUGCUCCCGCCUCCACCACCACCGCCGCUGCCACCACUACCGCGCCUACUACCACUGCCUCGACUGUGAGUGCCCCUGUCCAGAGCUCCUCUUCGUUCUCGCACCCGCACUUCACCCGCCGUCCCACCCGCAGCCCCUCCGGCACCCCAACCCCCUCAUCCACUCCUUCAUCUGCUCCCACUUCUGCUAUCUCAACCUCCGCCGAGGCUCCUGUCGUGACCGAGAUUGCUACUACCACAGUUGCUUCCUCUGCUUCUCAGGUUACUGACGAGCCUACCACACAGACUGCCAGCCCCUCCGACGUCACCGUCACCGUGAGCGCCCCCGGUCAAUCUGCCCAGAGCUCCGUUCCCGCCGCUGGUGGUGACGCCUCCGAGCCUAGCGCCACUGCUGCCCCUACCGCUGCACCCACCGGAUCCGCCGGCUCUGGCUCCGGAUCUUCCGAGGGUCCCAGCGACUUCGCCGCAUACCUCAGCUCCUUGAGCGCCGAGAAGCUCCUUGAGGUUAUUCGCUCGACCAUGAAGUGGCUUGUCUCUGACAAGAAGGUGCACGCCCGUGCCCUGUCCCACUAA